UGAACAUGAACUUUUUUUCACAUAAAAAGUAAGACUCACUUUAAUUCAGGUUUGUCUGAUAAAAAGUUUUAUAUUAGUGAAGAAAUAAGUAGAUUUUCUAGAUUUUGAUAUCAUAUUCACAUUUUAAAAAAUAUUUAUUUAGUGAUAAAAGGUUUUUGUAAGUUUAAUAUUCAUUUAAUAUUUUACUAAUACAAGAUUUGUGACGCAAAUGUUAACCGUGCGAGAAAUAGCUUCCUCUUGAUAUUUUAUCUUACCAACUAGAAUCAAGAGUCUAAUGUAGGAGUAUUUCAUGAUUCUCGAUAUAUAACAAUGUCAAUACCAAGAGAUUAAAUACUCAUUCGGUGAAGAAGAUGCACUUUAGAAACUGUUAGAAGUUGAAAUUUCAGUUACAAAUUUUGGGUUCAUUUAUCAAAGAUUUAAUUGGAAACUUAGCAUAUCUUUCUUUCUUAAUUAAAUAAUCAAGAAUGGUUGAGAAACCCCUUUUUUUUUUAAUUAUUUGUAAUUUUUAAAUUUACGCUCGCCGUAUUUUUUACUUUCUAUUUCCCAUCAAACGAAGCUAAGCACUUCUUGUACAGUCGCAACUCGCAGUCCAUCUUCUUCUUCUCUUGUCUCUCUCUCUCUCUCUCUCUCUCUCUUCUAUAGCAUGUCGGACUUCCGUUAGUGUUUUAACCGAGAAGAAAUGCUAAGAAAUCUUCGAUCUCGGCGGCGGCCGCGUUACGGUGCGCAGGUAUGCGCCGCCAUCUCAGCUCUUCUCCUCUUAUUUUCUGUCUCUCUCCUCUACUCUCGCCUUUCUCUCUCUUCCAAACCGCACAUCUAUCCCCACCACUCUUCCAUUGACAAAAACGACGACGUCGCUUUCCCCAAUAACCCUCUCCUCUCCGACUCCGACGAUGACGUCAGCACCUCGAACGACGACAAAAUUGACGAAUUCGACACCCUCGAAGAUAAUGACACCGUUUUAACCGAAGACGACAACAGCAACAACGAAAUCGAGCUGGAGGAAGAACAAGAAAUCACGACAAUGAAUCAAAAAAACAAGAUCUUUUCAUCUGGGCAUUUUUAUUUCGACCAUUUGAGCGGGUCAAUUAAAAGAGCUUCCAAUAAACGUUCGAUUGAAGAUUGGGAUUACGAUGGAGGUUUUUUGAACGAAGGGUUUUUGGGAGAAGAUGUUAAGAUUAAGACCGCCUUUGGAUCCGAUGAUAUUCCAUUGGAUGAGGAAGUUAGGAGGAAAAUGAGUGAAGUGGAAAGUGUUGAAGAUGCUUUGUUGGUGAAGAAAGUCGGUGGGAAAAAGGCGAAUCCUUUGAGGGAGAAAUGGGGGGAUUGGUUUGAUAAGAAAGGUGAUUUUCUGAGAAGGGAUAGGAUGUUUAAGUCGAAUUUGGAGGUUUUGAAUCCUUUGAAUAAUCCUUUGCUGCAAGACCCUGAUGGGGUUGGUGUUACUGGAUUGACUAGAGGGGAUAGAAUUGUACAAAAGUGGAUUUUGAGUGAGUUUAAGAAGGUCCCUUUUACUGGGAAGAAGCCUUUGGGGAUUUUGGAGAAGGGGUCAGAGGAUAAAAAGGGCGGUGAGGGUAAGAAAAACGAUAAUGCGAGGAAUGUGUUGAGCAAAAGAGAAAAUAGUAUUAAAGACUCGAGUUCCAAUACAAAUGGGAAUAAGACUAAUGAAAGUAAUAGAAGGAAGAAUGAGGUGAAGAAUGGACGUUUAGAGGCUGAUAAGAUGAACUCUGAGUUUUCAGGUCACAUAUAUGCGGAUGGAAAGAGAUGGGGUUACUAUCCUGGAUUAGAUUCUAGGCUGUCCUUUUCAGAUUUCAUGGAUGCAUUUUUAAGGAAAGGGAAGUGUGAUGUGAGAGUUUUUAUGAUAUGGAAUUCCCCUCCGUGGAUGUAUAGUGUUAGGCACCAAAGAGGGCUUGAGAGUUUGCUUGCUCAGCAUCGAGAUGCUUGUGUCAUAUUGUUCUCUGAAACGAUUGAGCUUGAUUUUUUCAAAGAAAGCUUUGUGAAAGAUGGUUACAAAGUUGCUGUUGCAAUGCCAAACCUUGAUGAAUUGUUGAAAGAUACACUCACCCAUGCAUUUGCUUCUGUGUGGUUUGAAUGGAGAAAGACAAAGUUUUAUGCCACCCAUUAUAGUGAGCUUGUGCGGCUUGCUGCUCUUUACAAAUAUGGUGGCAUUUAUCUUGAUUCUGAUAUUAUAGUUCUGAAACCAUUAUUGGCACUCAAUAAUUCUAUUGGCCUGGAAGACCAGCUUGCUGGAAGUUCUUUGAAUGGAGCUUUAAUGGCAUUCAGAAAGCAAAGUCCAUUCAUAAUGGAGUGUUUGAAGGAGUUCUAUAUGACGUAUGAUGAUACCCAGUUGAGAUGGAAUGGGGCUGAUCUUUUAUCAAGAGUUGCAAAAAGGGUUUUGAACAAUCAGCCAGAGUUGAAUGUGCGGCCUUCCUUUGUUUUCUUCCCUAUUAGUUCUCAGCAUAUAACAAGCUUGACAUCUGCUCUCAUUCCGGAGCCAGAGAGCCUUGUAGCCAGGCUUAUUGACUAUCCCUGUAUUCAUUGCUCUGAUGUAUUGUGAAUUUCACAUCUCUCCUCGGCCUGAGUCUUGUCAAAGAAUUGAUCAAAGCAUUUUUUUUCUCUAACCGGCAGUUGCAAAGUCUCUUGCUUCCUGUUAUUUUGAGAUUGUUCAAAAUUCUUAUAGAUGUACAGUUUUGUAAUUUCAUUUGUUUAUUUUAGCUAAAUGAUUAGGGCUGUCCUGCUUAUACAAAAUCAGAAUCAUUUUGUAAUUUAUUUGUUCAUUAGGUUCAGCGGAUAUGUGCCUUGGCAUUGAGAGGCAAAUAAUACAUCACCUUUUCAAGGCAUAGGAUGGUUAAUGAAUAAUACUUAUUGAAUUUUCCAUGGGUUUCUUUAUUGACUGUAAUCAAUUUCAUCGAUGAUGUGUAUGCUAUCACACUAACAUUGUGCUGAUAUCUAUGUUA